AGUUAUUAGUAUUCGAAUCGAAAUUUGAUUUACUGCAGAGUGAAAAUAUUAAAAAUUACGUUUUAACUUUUGAAAGUUAUUUAAUUAUUUCUAUCAUUGAGAAAAAAUUGUAGUAUUCUUCUCCAAGAUUAUUUCAAAGCACAACAAACAGAGAGAGAGAGAGAGAGCUGUUCCUAAAAUAUCAAAUGGAAAAAUUUGAAAAGAUAGACAGGAUUGGAAGUGGAUCUUAUGGAGUAGUCUUCAAAUGUAGAAACAAAGAAACAAGCCAAUUGGUAGCUAUAAAAAAAUUUAUUGAGAGUGAUGAGGAUCCUCUAAUUAAAAAAGUUGCAAUGAGAGAAAUUCGAAUGUUAAAGCAAUUAAAACAUCCAAAUCUGGUUAAUUUACUUGAAGUAUUUAAACGUAAGAAGAAGCUACAUUUAGUGUUCGAAUAUCUUGAUCAUACUGUUUUAGACGAACUUGAAAGUUAUCAAAAAGGCUUGCCGGAAGAUAAGAUACGAAAAAUCAUCUAUCAAAUAUGCGUAGCUGUUAAUUUUUGCCAUGAGCACAACUGUAUACAUCGCGAUGUUAAACCUGAGAAUAUUCUUGUCUCUUCAAAGGGAAUAGUAAAAUUAUGUGAUUUUGGGUUUGCUAGGCUUAUCACUGGUGUUAACGACAAAUACACGGAUUAUGUUGCAACUAGAUGGUAUCGUGCACCUGAGUUGUUAGUUGGGGAUACUCAAUAUGGUCCUCCUGUUGACGUGUGGGCUAUAGGAUGUGUAUUUGCUGAACUUAUAACUAGCCGACCCUUGUGGCCCGGAAAGACGGAUGUUGAUCAAAUAUAUAGGAUUAAGAGGACACUUGGCGAUCUCAUACCCCGUCAUAUAGAAGCAUUUAGAAGGAAUCCGUAUUUCAAAGCCAUGACAAUACCCGAUCCCCCUAACUUGGAACCUUUGGAAAUGAAUUUUCCCGGUGUUUCCCAUAAUACCUUCAACUUUAUGCACAACUGCUUUGCUAUGGAUCCUGAAGAAAGGGCAAAUUGCAGUGACCUCCUCAAUCACCCUUUCUUUCCAAAGCCUUUUGUCAGGGAAAUUGAACAUUUAUUGGAUAUUUCAAGAAAAGAUAAUCCUCCUUAUCGAACUCAAAUGAGACGUUAUUCUGAAAAAGAAAACCACAGGGGUCAUAAAGCCACGCCUUUCGAAAAAGGCUUGCCUUCAUUAUCAGUAGGAAUAAAUAUGAAAGAUCCCUCUCCAAUUCCAAAUCAAAAAAGCAAGAAAGAUCGAGAUAGAGAUUAUCUUCCACUUAUUUAAAAGAUUUUUGCUGCGUGUUAUUUGUCUUUUUUACCGUAUUAAACAGACUUUUAAAACUGCAGAUUUGUUGGGUAGCUUGAUCAACCUAUUUAAACAGACAAAUAAGCCUAGAAAACACAUUAUGAUUUAAGAUUAAACUUAAUCCGUCUGUUUUUUCUUAUUCUUGUCUUAUUAUUAUUUUUUUACAAUCGUCAUCUAUAUUUAUUGUAAAUGUCAUAAUAUUUAUACAAGUAUAACUUUGGUUUUCUAUUGACUGUAUACCUUCUCUUCAUAUUUACAGCUAACUAAACCUAUUCAUUAACCUACAAUGAAAAUAAUUAAAAAAGGAUUAAUGCAGAGUGUUUAAGUCAAGGACAUAUGAAUAACAAAAAAUCAGAAGUGAUGAAAUGAAAGAUUGACAAAUUAAAUAUUAAUCAAUAAUUUACAAUGACAGUAAUGAAUAUAGAUGAUAUAAAUUUUAAAGUAGUUUUUAUUAAUCUUCAUAAAUUUUCGUAUACCCACGAGGACGUCUUCAUCAUUCGUAAUAUACUUGGUGUAUGUAGAUGUUUCGUCGUAUAUGAGGAAAUUGCUUUAGAAAAAAUUGGAUACUCAGAAUUAAAAAUUUCGUGUAAUCUUUAUAUAUCUUUCAUCUUUAUUUUCUCUUGGCAUCUAUGUGUUUGUAAAUCUACAGCAUAGAUGUAUAGCAUGAUUCCUACUCUGUUGCUCUCUCUCUCUCUCUCUCUCAACUUAUAAUUUCAUCAGCCUCUAUUGUCUAUUUUAUGUUUCUUUUUCUAUAAACUGCAAUAUAAAAAUAAUUGUAUCAACAUAUAAUUCUAAAAAUAGAUAAUGCAUUGCACUAA